CCAGGCAAACUUAUCACCGACUGUUUAUAAUCAAGUAGAGCCUCUUGGAUCAAGAACUUCUUAUGCCAUCCAUCCAACAUCGCUUAUUUACAUUCAUCUUCGCUAGUUUGCUUACUUUCUUAGUUCAUAAUUCACGAGUGGAUGAGGUCAACUGUGGUAUUUUAAAGAAUGAAAAAAAUAUUUGCGAGACGCAUGUUCGUAAUUAGCGAUCAAUUCGCUCACAAAAUUAUCUUCCAACACGGGCAAGUUUCUUCUUGAUUUAUUCGCCCUGGUCUCCACUGUUCAUCUCGUUCAAUAACAUACCUAUUAGUUGGACAAACCAAGGAGUGAAAACUUGAUAACUAUCAACAUUUGCGGUCGUUCAUCAUUCAAGAUGAUUGAUUUCCGAGAUUUGCUCAAUCUGGUUUGCUUGGGCCUCUCUAUGAUAUCGAAGGGACCCCAAAUUCUAGGGCAAUUGCGCCGUGGAUCUUCGGAAGGCAUUGCCACUUUGAGUCUCAUCCUUGAAACAAUCAGCUUGUCGAUCACUUUCAGCUAUUUUGCUGCCAAUGAUUAUCCUCUUGGCGAUUUUAUGGAAUAUCCUUUCCUUAUCGGACAGAACUUGAUUCUGUUUGGCUUAUUGGCUUAUUACGAAUCAGUCGUGUUUCAUCGUGCUUUUGCCUAUCUCUGCGUUUACUUGUCGCUUGUCUAUGUGCUCUCGCAAAAAGUGGCACCUAUCGCAAUUUUGAGUUAUCUUUCGUCCAUAGUGAUUCCUAUGACUUCCAUGAGUAAAAUUGCACAAAUCCGAACGAUAGUCAGGACCAAACGCGGGGACCUCGUGAGCCGAGUGCCUUGGGCUGUGUUUGCCUCCACUUCAGCUGUACGCUUUUACACUGUUUUGACUUCCUCUGGCGAUAAACUACUUCUCUGCCAGUAUACGGUUUCGGUAACCUUGAAUAUACUAGUGAUCAUUGUUGCCUUGGCUUAUACCCCAAGGGUUCGAUCUAAAUCUGACUAGUAAUCGGGAAGUAAGACAAGUAUAUAUUUCAUAGGACAUCCGCAUUUGAUUUGUAUUUGCACACUGCACACACAAAAUGGCUUUUAUUCGACACUCUUUGUUGGAGCUUUUAAUAUUACGUUUAUGAUUGUUGUAAACGUUAUGAGUGAGCGAUUGACAUUCCAAACCUCGAAAUACAAGUCAUAACUAGU